AUGUCGUCGAAACGUGAAGCAACACAAGAUGCGCCAAUUGAAGGUGGAGAAUCUUCUUCUUCGUCGACCGUGAGUUUGAAUAGAAAACUUGACAAUAACCUAUCAAAUUUGAUGCUAUUUCAACUCGAUCAAAAGCAGUUUUCCAAUUUUUAGAACCUUUCAAAAUUAUUUUCGAGACCUUUUUCCAAAAAUAGGAAAAAACUUUGAAAAACAAACACAAUGGUGUUUCUUCGAGUCGACUUGAAUAAGUUUAAAAAAUUGAUUUUUCAGGCCACCAAAAAAUCAAAGUCGUCAGAAUUGGAUUCGGAUUCAAAUCGUGAAAAAGCAACAACCGAAGUGGCAGUUUCAAUGACAUCAGGAAUGCCGAAUGAGUCAGAUCGCGAAAAUUGUCAAAUGGUUCAAAAUGUUUUGUCUGGAACGAAUCAAACAAAUAUGGAGGUAAUUAUAUUUUUUUAAGAUUUAUGAAGUUCCAUGCGAUUUGUUGAAAAAUUCUGCUUUGAGAAAAAACUUCAAAAAUCUCAUGAAGCAGUAAAGUUAUUUUGAUGAAUUGAGAAAAUUAUUUUUCAGCCAAAUCAAAAUUUUCCAACUCACCCAACCGGUUCAUCUUCCUCAACAAAUUCUGCAUCAAAUGGAGCAACUUCGGCAGUUGCUCAAGAAUUGUUGACUCAAGCGGAUUUUGAUGAAGUUGGCGAUUCUUCUUCGUCGUCGACUGUGAAUUUGAUGAAUCAAGAUAUCGUUUCAUCAGCAGCCAAUCGACCAAUUAAUGAGGUAAUUAUAUAUUUUUUUAAGAUUUAUGAAGUUCCAUGCGAUUUGUUGAAAAAUUCUGCUUUGAGAAAAAACUUCAAAAAAUCUCAUGAAGCAGUAAAUUUUUUUCGAUGAAUUGGAAAAAUUUAUUUUCAGCCAAAUCAGGAAUGUCCAACUCACCCAAUUGGUUCAUCAUCAACAACAAAUGCAUCAAAUGAAACAAAUUCGGCAAUUGCUCAAAGAUUGUUGACUCAAAUGGAUUUUGAAGACAAGGUAAAUAUUCCGCUUUUCUGCAAAAGAUUCAAAUAAAUAAAAGUUUUUUGAAAACGCAUAAAACUCUAUUUUUUUAGUGAAUAAUGAAAACAUUUUCCAGAAAAAUUGGAAUGAUCAAUUCGAUCCACAACUUUUGCAACUGGGAUUCGGAAGAACUCGACGAGACGGUGUGAUUGUAAGUAUAUUUCAAAGAAAGAAACACAUUUUGAGUUCUCAAUAACGAAAAAUCAAUUUUUUCAGGUUGUGCCAAUGAUUAUUCAGAUGACCGAUGAGGUCGUUGCUCUUUAUGACUUGGACAAAACAACGCUCCCACCAGGAAUGCUAAUGUGCACAAAAUAUUUCAAUGGAGUAAGUAUUUGAGUUUUAUCAAAAUUUCAAUGAAAUAUGACUUUUAAUCUAACUUUUUCAUUACAGAAAGCGAAACAGUCUGCACAAACAUCUUCAAGUGCUUCCACUUCAGCCGCAGCUUCUGGACAAUCGACUUCUUCUGACCAAAAUUCAAAAUCCGAUGCUGAUCCACCAAACCCAGAUGAAUCAUCUUUGGAUGAUCAAGAAGAUUUUGAGUAG